UUGGAGGCCUGAAGGCGGCAAAAGUCAUGGACGGCAUCUGAGCUUCACCUCUCUCUCUCUCUCUCUCUCCUUUCUCUCCAUCAAUGUCUUCUGCUUCUCGGUCUAAACGGUCGUCGAUCUCGCCGUUCCGGUCACGUAAGCAGCCGGCGCCGCCACAGGCUUCGGGGAAGGCCGCCGGCGCUCGGCCGACGACUCCCUCAACUGCGUCGUCUUCGUCCUCGAGGCCUCCCCCAAGGCCGCCGGUGUCUCCGGUGAGCCACGCGUCGCUGGCAUUUGACCGCGACGAUGCGAGCAAGGCCAAGGAGAAUGUGACUGUCACGGUCAGGUUUCGUCCUCUCAGUCCUAGGGAGAUUAACAAAGGGGACGAGGUUGCUUGGUAUGCAGACGGAGAAUACACAGUUCGGAACGAGUACAAUCCCAGCAUUGCUUACGGGUUUGAUAGAGUGUUUGGUCCAGCAACAACUACACGCCGUGUUUAUGAUGUUGCAGCCCAGCAUGUCAUAAGUGGUGCCAUGCAAGGAAUUAAUGGGCACUUAUGUAGAGGGAAUUAAAGAGGAAGUCGUCCUAUCUCUUGCUCAUGCACUUUCUCUGAUAGCAUCUGGUGAAGCACAUAGGCAUGUGGGUUGUAAUAAUUUUAAUUUACUUAGCAGCCGGAGCCACACUAUUUUCACCUUGACUAUUGAAAGUAGUGCACGAGUAGAAAAUCAAGGGGAAGAUGUGACCUUGUCACAACUGAAUUUGAUUGACUUGGCUGGAUCUGAAAGUUCUAAAACGGAGACGACUGGCUUGCGAAGAAAAGAGGGUUCAUACAUUAACAAAAGCUUACUAACCCUUGGCACUGUGAUAUCUAAAUUAACAGAAGGGAAUGCUACUCAUAUUCCUUAUAGAGAUUCUAAACUCACACGAUUGUUGCAAUCAUCCCUCAGUGGCCAUGGACGGAUUUCUCUUAUUUGUACUGUGACACCUGCCUCUAGCAAUAGUGAAGAAACACACAAUACAUUGAAGUUUGCUCACCGUAGCAAGCAUGUGGAAAUCAAGGCUUCUCAAAAUAAGAUUAUGGAUGAAAAGUCUCUCAUUAAGAAGUAUCAGAAGGAAAUUUCCUGUUUAAAACAAGAGCUUCAGCAAUUGAAGCGUGGCAUGGUGGAGAAUCCAUAUAUGAUGGGAUCCAACCAGGAAGAUUUAAUUAAUUUGAAGCUUCAGUUAGAAGCUGGACAGGUCAAAUUACAGUCUAGGCUGGAGGAAGAGGAACAUGCUAAAGCAGCUUUAAUGGGAAGAAUUCAGAGACUGACUAAACUAAUCUUAGUCUCAACAAAAAGUACAAUUCCAUCAGCUGUUCCUGGCAAAGCUGGCCAUAGACGAAGGCAUUCUUUUGGUGAAGAUGAGCUAGCAUAUUUGCCAGAUAGAAAGAGGGAAUAUAUGAUUGAUGAUGAUGCUGGAAGUUAUGAUUAUGAAAUUUCAGCGGAUGGAAGAAGUGAUGGCACUAAUCUAGAUGAAUUGGUUAAGGAUUACAAAAGGAACAGGAGGCGAGGAAUGCUUGGCUGGUUUAAACUAAAGAGGCCUGAGAAUUUGGUUGGCUUAUCACUGGGUGGUGAAACUGAGAGUUCAGCAAGUGGGUCACCUGCCUCCUGUUCAAAAUCAUCGCAAAGUAGGCUUGCAUUUAAUGAUAUUAAAGAUGGAAGGAGAAAAUCAACUAGUAGGCGGGUGGAUAAUCCUUCAGUUCUCGAGUCUCCUCCAAAGAGAACCCAAGCAGGUGAAUUGUUCAGUACCACUGCUGGAGGUUGUCGCCUACCACCGACAGGGACAACUAUUGUAGAUCAAAUGGAUCUUCUCCAUGAACAGGUGAAAAUGUUAGCUGGGGAGGUGGCAUUGUGUACUAGUUCUCUGAGAAGACUGUCGGAGCAAGCAGUUAGCAACCCUGAAGACUCUCAGCUUCAGGAACAAAUGCAGAAACUAAAGGCUGAAAUUAAAGAGAAAAAACUUCAAAUACGAGUGCUAGAGCAGCGUAUGGUUGGAUCAGUAGAGACAAUCCAGCAGACAUCAAGCAACACUGAGAUGUCUCAGGCUUUAUCCAAGCUUGCCACUCAGCUAAAUGAAAAAACGUUUGAGCUUGAGAUUAAAUCAGCUGACAACAGGAUCCUCCAGGAUCAACUACAAAUAAAGGUGUUAGAGAAUGCUGAGAUGCAAGAAACCAUUCUUAUACUGAGGCGACAGCUUGAUUCUUUUUUGUCCGAGAAAAGUUCCUCCUGUCCAAAACAACCUGCAGACAAUAGGAUUUCUGGACAGAAUACUUGUUCUGAGGAGUCUUUGGACAAGAGAUAUGAGGGGCAGGAUGGAACUUAUUCUUUUGGAGAAUCUUAUUUAGAUGAAAGCACACCAACAAGUGUUAUGAGUUUGAAUAGAAUAUUCUUCCAAGAGGAGUCCAAGGAGUGCAAUAAUGAUACUUUGCGUUCCCAGCUUCUUGUCCAGGCUGCUGAGAUAGAGACGCUGAAGCAAGAAAAGGUGAAAAUUACUGAAGAAAAGGAUGAUCUUGAAGUUCACAGCCAAAAGCUGACCGAAGAAUCUUCAUAUGCAAAGGAGCUAGCUGCAGCUGCGGCUGUUGAGCUGCAGAACUUGGCUGAGGAAGUUACAAAACUAACUUACCAAAACACCAAGCUGACUGCGGAUCUUGCUGCUGCAAAGGAGGCUUCUUGUGGAUCCAACUGCUGUCAAAGGCCUACUUCAUCUGAUCUAAAGAAAAAUAGUGGGAGUUUUGCUUGGCUUCAUGAUGGCCUUAGAAAACCCAAGGAGAGUGUAUUCGUGGAGGAGUUGCAACAAGAACUUAACAGAAGAUACCAAAGAGAAACUUCUUUGGUAAGUGCAUUAUCUGAGAAAGAUAAAGUGGAAGAUGAUCUACAAAGAAAACUUGAUGAAGCAAAGCGACAUGAAGAAGAUCUGGAAAAUGAACUGGCAAAUAUGUGGGUGUUGGUUGCAAAGAUGAGGAAGUCUGGCAUGAACUCUGAGGAAGUCCCUUCUGUAGGUAAUCAUGCAUUCAGCAAUUUACCGAUGGUAGAUGGAAAUGGAUUUUCUUCAUCAAAUAGUCGCUUAACAAAAAUAUAUGAAGAAAACAAGAUGUCAGUGAGCAUGGAUGGGAAGAAUACCUUUGAAGAAUUAGAAGCUAAUUAUCAUAGAGAAAGGAGAAAGUGCAAGGAACUUGAGACUUUGGUUUUGAGAUUGAAGGGAGAUGAUAUUUCUGGUCUGGAUAUUAAUACUCUUGAAGAACUUCAGAACCUUCAUGUUGAGGCUAUAACAAAGAUUUGCCAUGCAAAGUUCUCGAAUCAAGCCUUGUAGCUAGCAUGCUGGAAUGGAGUUUCUGACCUUUAGGUAAUGUAUUGUGGUAGAACAUAUUUCUGUACAGAAUGCAGAUAGGUAUGACAGCUAUUCAUGUCUCAAAGAAUCCGCAGCUUACUACCUUAAUGCAAGAAAUGACAAUGGACAUUUUAACAUUGGAAUCUAAUUGUGGCUAACUUGUAUUGAUUGGAACAAAAUCACUGCAAUUGCACUGCCUUUUCAUGUUGGCGCAAGCAAUGACAACAUAAUUGUAUUGUUGAGUGGCUAAAUUGAAGCCAAGAUGGACCAAUUGAACAAUGUCUAUGGUUCAUUUAUGAUCAAACUGUUGUGUUUCUGCUUAUAUGACGGUGUAACUCAAGUUUGCUUUCUACUCAUCAGGCUUUUUUUGCAUCUUAUCUUUU